ACCAAAAAAAAAAAAAAAAAAAAAAAAAAAAAAUCUGAUCUACGAGCUCAAACCCUCACUCUCUAAUGGCUCUAUCGAAGCCCAACGCAUUCUUAACCCACCUGAAAACCCUAGCCAAACCCCCCCACCGCCGCUUCCUUUCUCCUCCUCCUCCGCCGCCGUCGUUCGUCUCUCUCCGCUUUCUCUCCUUCGCCACGCCGGAAGACGCCGCCGCCGAGCGCCGCCGCCGCAAGCGCCGCCUCCGCAUCGAGCCCCCUCUCUCCUCUCUCCACCGCAACCAACAACAACAGCAACAAUCUCCUCCUCCGCCGCAACGAAACCCCAAUGCCCCGAAGCUUCCCGAUCACGUCUCCGCCCUAACAGGUAACCGCCUCAACCUCCAUAACAAGAUUCUCACUCUAAUCCGCGAGAACGACCUCGAAGAAGCGGCUCUCUACACUCGCCAUUCCAUUUACUCCAAUUGCCGACCCACCAUUUUCACUGUUAAUUCCGUGCUUAAUGCUCUUCUUCGGCAGUCGAAAUACUCCGAUCUUCUUUCGCUUCACCGGUUCAUAACCCAAGCCGGUGUUGCUCCUAAUAUUAUAACUCACAACUUGGUGUUUCAGACUUAUUUGGAUUGUAGAAAGCCUGAUACUGCCAUGGAACAUUACAAACAGUUGAUAAAUGAUGCGCCUUUUAGCCCUAGCCCCACUACUUAUAGGAUUUUGGUUAAAGGGUUGGUUGAUAAUAAUAGGUUGGAGAGGGCUUUGGAGUUGAAGGAGGAAAUGAGUGAGAAAGGGCUCGCGCCCGACCCGACGGUUUACCAUUACUUGAUGGCGGGUUGCGUGAGGAAUUCGGAUGUGGACAAGGUUUUCGAUCUGUACGAGGAGUUGAAGGGGAAGUUGGGAGGGUUUGUGGAGGAUGGGGUUGUGUAUGGGAGCUUGAUGAAGGCGUAUUUCUUGAAGGGGAUGGAGAAGGAGGCUAUGGAGAUUUUUGAGGAGGCUGUGGGUGCGGGGUAUUUCUUGAAGGGGAUCAAGAAGGAGUCUAUGGAGACUUUUGAGGAGGCUUUGGCGGAGAAUUCGAGUGUGAAAAUGAGUGCCGUGGCGUAUAAUUCGGUGUUGGACGCGUUGAGUAAGAAUGGGAAGUUUGAUGAGGCCUUAAAGCUGUUUGAUAGAAUGAAAAAGGAGCAUAACCCGCCGAGGCGUUUGGCAGUGAAUUUGGGUACCUUUAAUGUGAUAGCGGAAGGUUAUUGUGCUCAAGGGAGGUUUAGGGAUGCCAUUGAGGUGUUUAGGACAAUGGGUGAUUAUAGGUGCAGUCCUGAUACCUUGUCCUUCAAUGUUUUGAUUGAGCAGUUGUGCAAUAAUGGGAUGUUGGGCGAAGCCGAGGCGCUUUAUGGGGAAAUGGGUGAGAAAGGAGUGAACCCAGAUGAGUUUACGUUUGGUCUGUUGAUGGAUACUUGUUUUAAGGAGAACAGGCCUGAUGAUGCAGCUGGGUAUUUUAGGAAAAUGGUUGAUUCCAAGUUGAGGCCUAAUUUAGCAGUCUAUAAUAGGUUAGUUGAUGGGUUGGUUAAGGUAGGGAAGGUUGAUGAAGCAAAAUCGUUUUUUGAUCUGAUGGUGAAGAAGCUGAAGAUGGACGUUCCGAGCUAUAAGUUCAUAAUGAAGGCAUUGAGCGAGUCGGGGAAAUUGGAUGAGGUGCUUAAUGUGGUUGAUACGAUGCUGGACGAUGAUGGAGUUGAGUUUAAUGAGGAGGUGCAGGAGUUUGUUAAAGGCGAGCUCAGAAAGGAAGGGAGAGAGGAUGAAUUGGCGAAGCUUAUUGAAGAGAAGGAAAGGCAGAAAGCCGAGGCAAAGGCGAAGGAAGCAGAAGCAGCUGAGGCGGCAAAGAGAAGUGCAAGAGCUGCUGUGUCCUCUUUACUUCCGUCUAAGUUGUUUGGAAGUAAGGAAUCCACCGAGUCCGGUUCUGCAGAGGCCAAUGGAAGUCCGACUGUUGGAGAAGCUUCUUCCACAGAGUCGUCUUCUUCAGACUCGGACGCAGAAAGGAUUAAAGAUGAGACGUCCGCUGAGGCAGAGGCCAGAACUGAUGGUACAACUACAACCAGUCAAGCAACAGCUUGAGUAUAAUAUUUAUGGGGGAAUUACUGCAGCAAGUUCCUCACUUAAAUUGAAUCAUCCUGUAGAAGAAGCAAGGAUUUGGAGUUACAUGAACAUAUUUGUUUUGAUCAGGCAACAAAAUUCGUAUAAUUGUACCUCAUAGAGACUAUCCAUUUCUUUGUGGGAUGCGUUUGAAAAAAUACUGUGGAGUUGGACAGUAAGCGAGUAAUUUAGCAUCA